CCUCUGUACUGUAGUGUGUGUGUGUGUGAGUUCAGCGUCUCGCUCUGGCAGUGACUUUGGAUUAAGCGUGUUAUGUGGGAAUGAACCAUCUGGAAUUCUUGCUCUUCCACAAGAGCUUUUCUCCGAACAAAACAAGCUUUGUGAAAUCUGAACAGAAGUUCUGGAAAUGGCUGUGAAGCGCGAAGAGAAGCGAAAUCCAUCGACGGCUAAACGGCUUCCCUGGGUUUCGCUGGCGUCCCGAUCGCUUCACUGAAGAUGGACACACUGGAGUCGGAGUUGACUUGCCCAAUCUGUCUGGAGCUGUUCGAGGAUCCUCUUCUUCUGCCCUGCGCCCACAGCCUGUGCUUUAACUGUGCUCACCGGAUCCUGGUGUCCCACCGAAGCUCAUCCGACGAGUCCAAACCCGUCUCCGCUUUCCAGUGUCCCACCUGCCGGUAUGCCAUCGCCCUCGACCCGCAGGGCCUAGACGGGCUCAAGCGCAACGUGACUCUGCAGAACAUCAUCGAGCGCUUCCAGAAGGCCUCGCUGAGCGGCCCGAACUCCCCGAGCGAGACCCGGCGCACGAGCAUGAGUUCCCCGGUCCAGUGCCAGUUCUGCGAGACCGACCCGCCCCAGGAGGCGCUGAAGACCUGCGUGACCUGUGAGGUCUCGUACUGCCAGGAGUGCCUGCGGGCCACGCACCCUAACAAGAAGCCGUUCACGGGUCACCGGCUGACGGAUCCGGUGCCGGACGCUCGGGUCCGAGGACUGGCCUGUGCCGAACAUGCGGAGGAGAAGGUCAACAUGUACUGUGUGACGGAUGAGCAGCUGAUCUGCUCUCUGUGUAAACUGGUCGGGCAUCACCGAGAGCACCAGGUGGCGGCGCUGGGGGAGCGCUUCGACAAGCUGAAGCAAAUGUUGGAUUCCAACCUCAGCAAUUUGAUCAAGAGGAACAGCGAGCUGGAAAACCUCAUGGCGAAGUUGAUCCAGACGUGUCAACAUGUGGAGCACAACGCGGCUCAUCAGGAGAGCAAACUGACGGAAGAGUGCGACACGCUGAUAAACAUCGUUCAGCAGAGGAGACAAAUCAUCGGCACCAAAAUAAAAGAAGGAAAAGUGGUUCGUGUGAGAAGGCUAGCUCAACAGAUCGCUAACUGUAAGCAGUUUGUGGAGAGAUCGUCCUCGCUCAUCGCUCAAGCGGAUCAAGCUCUGAAAGAGACGGACCACGCUCGAUUCCUGCAGACUGCAAAGAGCAUCUCAGAGAGAGUCUCAAUGGCAACCGCGUCCUCACAGGUCCUGAUUCCAGAGAUCAACCUGAACGACUCGUUCGACGCGUUCGCACUGGACUUUUCCAGAGAGAAGAAGAUGCUGGAAGGUCUGGAUUACCUCACAGCUCCGAACGCUCCCACCAUCCGCGAGGAGCUGUGCACGGCCUCUCACGACACCAUCACAGUCCACUGGACAUCAGAGGACGAGUUCAGUGUGGUGUCAUACGAGCUCCAGUACACCAUCUCCACCGGCCAGGCUAACGUCGUCAGUCUGUGUAACUCGCUGGACAGCUGGAUGAUCGCGCCCAACAUUAAGCAGAACCACUACACCGUCCACGGCCUGCAGAGCGGCACCCGCUACAUCUUCAUCGUGAAGGCCAUGAACCAGGCCGGCAGUCGCAGCAGCGCGCCGGGGAAACUCAAGACCAACAGCCAGCCGUUCAAGCUCGACCCGAAGUCGGCCCACCGCAAGCUGAAGGUUUCCCACGACAGCCUGACGGUGGAGCGCGACGAAGCCUCGUCCAUGAAGAGCCACGCCCAGGACCGCUUCGGCUCCGGGAACUACGGCGUCACCGGGAACGUGUUCAUCGACAGCGGACGCCACUACUGGGAGGUCCUGAUCGGGGGGAGCACGUGGUUUGCGAUUGGCGUGGCUUAUAAAUCGGCUCCCAAACACGGCUGGGUGGGGAAGGACUCGACGUCGUGGGUCUUGAGCCGCUGCAACACCUCGUGGGCCGUGCGUCACAACAGCAAAGAGUUCCCCAUCGAGCCGUCUCCUCACAUGCGGCGCCUGGGGGUUCUGCUGGACUACGACUCCGGGUCGCUGGCGUUCUACGACGCCGCGGGAACACAACACCUCCACACCUUCGACAUCUCCUUCUCUCAGCCCAUCUGCCCCGUCUUCAGCGUGUGGAACAAGUGCUUGACCGUCCUGACCGGGCUGCCCAUUCCCGACCACCUGGAGACCGGCGACCUGCACGACUGAGCCCACGUCACGAGCCUCCGUCACUCACCUGCUGUUAGCAUGCGUCUCAGAUGACGUCAGUGUACCAGAACCAGCGCAAACGCCAGUCAAAAACAGCUCAAAACAAGACCUUCGAUAUCAAAACUCAACUGACAUUCCUAAAGUACACACUCUUUCAUCACGUUACUCGCGCCGCGCGAUAAAUGGCGUCUUUUCCAUCCUAAUCAGUGUUUUUAUCCUAACCAGCCGCGACGGCGACACGCAACGAUUCUAUUUUCGAAACGGUUUCUAUUUUUCUGCGACGUCGCGCUGGAACAAUAUACACAAAGAGUGGCAAUGAUAACCUCAGGCGCUGUUUAUGCACUUUAUUUAAUGUUAAAGCAUGUCAUGUGACUCUGAAUAUCAGCUAGAGCUCCAGCGUUGCAGCUGUAAAAGCAACAAUGGAGAAUUCACCUCAGAUCUUGAAAUUAAACAAAUGGAAACAAGAACGUUCAAACUGUGAACAAACAAGUUAAUUAUAUGACAAAGAUUGUUUUAGUAACUCAGUAACCUAUGUAUUUGAAUAAUGUUAAAUAAUGUUAAUGUUUGAAUAAUGUUAAAUGAUGGAGUCUCGCAAGACUCCGCCCACACGCUACUCUGAUUGGCUGUGGGGUUUGAUUGAUGUUUGCGCAUCUCGCAGUGGAAAGUGUGGCAGACGCUGGAAUGAUCGUGUCACGGUGUCAGACUUUAUACACAAUUUAAAUUGUUCAAAACACACAUUUCAGUCAAUUACAAUUCAUGCUAUAUGUCAAAUCUUUAAACUGCAAGAGUUUACAACAAGUAACGUUAGCAUAAGUGAACAGGAAAACCAAAAACUUGACAGGAAACCAAAACAGGAAUUAUGAAUCUGGCUUUAUCCUGGCUUAAUGUGUGGUGAUGUAUGUAAAUUAGUGCAUUUUUAAUCAGAUAAUGCAUCAUUUGCAUAUUUAAACAUUUCAGAAAACUCAGCAUAAUUUUUUUUGGCAAUUCUUAAUAUAAUCAAUGAUCUGAGCAAGUCUGACGAUAUAUGAGUUAUAUGAUUGUGUUGAGCUGAACAGUGACGUGUUUCUGACAGAUGAGACGGAUGCUAACGCAGGAGUGGAACGGCUCUUCAAACCCGCACAAGAAAAUACAGAUGGUUCACUAUACUAUUCCCGGUUUCCCUAAUAAUAUUCGCUUUGUCUACAUAAUUAAGCACCUUGAUUGGUAGUAGUUGACAUCCGAGCAGAGUCACUGAUGACUCUUCUGUCUCCUGCACCUCGAGUCACUUUAUUUACUCGUUCUUUAGGGUUGAUGAUCCGUACGAUGAUCCGUAUGAUCUGGAAUCAGUGCUUACACUCACACGAUUUACUCUUCUGACCCUCAAUAUUAGAACAAACAAUGAUUUGAAUGAAGAUGUAGAAGUACACAAACAAAAUACAACACAUGUUUUGUUGCAUCUUCAGUGCUGAACCUCAUCAACUAUAUAGACACAGUUUACAUAAAACUGGUUUAUCUUGGAAAUAAGGUUAUUUUCCCUUUUUUUCUUACAAUUUGAUAAAGGGUUAAGGUGUUAAAGGGUCUGUAUGUAGGAUUGAGAAACCCUUGUUGUAAACUUAAACCUCAACCGACAGGUUUCUCUAUCGAAGCUUUUCUGCCACCGAAUAAAACAUUUUAAAAGAUAAUUGCCACUUUAUUUCUCAGAAUUGUGUGUUAUAAAGUCAGAAUUGCGAGAUAAAAACAAGCAAUUCUGAGGAAAAAAGUCACAAUUGUGAGGUAAAACCGAGGAAUUCCUGAGGAAAAAAGUCGAUUGUGAGGUAAAAAUGAGCAAUUCUGAGGAAAAAAGUCGAUUGUGAGGUAAAAAUGAGCAA